UCCCGCCCGAUCGCCCCCGGGGGAUGGAGCCCCCGUCCCCGUUGCCCGCGCCGUCGCCGCUGGGCCCGGGCGGCCCGCGGACCAUCCAGAUCGAGUUCCCCCAGUACAGCCAGGGCCUGCUGGAGACCCUGAACCGCCACCGGCUGGAGGGCAAGUUCUGCGACAUCGCGCUGCACGUGCAGGGCCGCGUGCUGCGCGCCCACAAGUCGGUGCUGGCCGCCUCCUCGCCCUACUUCCACGACAAGCUGCUCCUGCGGGACACGGCCUGCCUGGCCCUGCCCAGCGUCAUCGAGGCGGACGCCUUCGAGGGGCUGCUGCAGCUCAUCUACUCGGGCCGCCUGCGCCUGCCGCUGGACGCCCUGCCCGGCCACCUCCUGGUGGCCAGCGGCCUGCAGAUGUGGCAGGUGGUGGACCAGUGCUCGGAGAUCCUGCGCGAGCUGGAGGCCGCCAACGCCGCCCACGCCGGGCGGGCCGGGGGGGCCCGCGCCGCGCCCUCGCCCGCCGCCGCCGUCGCCGACCCGGGGCCCGGGGACGUCCUGCGGAUCCGCGUGGAGGAGGACGACGAGGAGGAGGACGACGACGACGACGAGGCGGCGGCGGUCCCCGGGCCGCCCCCCGAGGCCGCCCCGCCGCCGCCGCCCCCCGCCGCCGAAGAUCUUCUACGUCAAGCCGGGGGCUACCCCGCCGGCGGCGGGGCCGAGCCGGGCUUCCUGCUGACCCCGGGGCUGGCCGCGGCGGCGGCGGCGGCGGGGACCCCCGGCAGCGGGACGGCGGCGGCGGCGGCGGCCCCCCAGGGCCCGUCCUGGAAACCGGUGGAUCUCCACGGCAACGAGAUCCUGGCGCAGGGGGGUCCGGGCCCCGGGCAGGCGGUGCACGGUCCCGUGAAGCUCGGGGGGGCCCCGCCGCCGGACGGGAAGCGCUUCGGCUGCCUGUGCGGGAAGCGCUUCGCCGUCAAGCCCAAGCGGGACCGCCACAUCAUGCUGACGUUCAGCCUGCGCCCCUUCGGCUGCGGCCUGUGCAACAAGCGCUUCAAGCUGAAGCACCACCUGACGGAGCACAUGAAGACGCACGCGGGGGCCCUGCACGCCUGCCCCGACUGCGGCCGCCGCUUCCGCGUCCACGCCUGCUUCCUGCGCCACCGCGACCUCUGCAAGGGCCAGGGCUGGGCCACCGCCCACUGGACCUACAAGUGACGCCCGGGCCCGGGUUCG